AUGUAUUAUCCAAAAAAUAAGUCUCAAACAGAAAGAUUAUUUAUAUUCAGAUCGUUAGCUAGCUGUCCUAAAAAUGAAACAAAAUUUGUCAGAAUGUUAAAUUUGACGUUGAUGAGUGGAGAUCAUAAGUUUAGCGAGGAGGAUAUGUUAACAAUGUUGACUGUUAUGAGUACGGUAUCACUGGGACACGAAACAAUGUUCAAAUUCAUGAUGAAAAACUUCGAAUAUCUAAGCACUAAGUUGGAAAAGACUGUAUGGGAAUAUUUUGUUAAAACGUCAUUUAACAAUUUUAGGACAGAAGAAGGACUAGAUAAGGCCACCGAGUUUUAUCAAAGAAACAAACGUCAUUUUGUUUCUGUGGAUGAUAUCAUAAAAAAUGCACUGGAGAAAGUUAAGAUUCAAGUUGAUUGGGUAAGGAAACAUCUUACACCCUUGGACGGGUGGCUCACGAAUGCUUUACAAGAGCCGUGGAGACCACACGAGUUCCAAUUCAGAGAUGUGCCAUCAUUUGUCAUUGGAUAA